GUCUUUCUCGUAGCAGCCUCUGCAGGUGAAGAAUCUCCCUCUGGUAAGAAGCUGUCCUCCCCUCCGCUGCCUCCUCCAACACUGCCAGUCUGGUUGACGCCUGCUUUCGGUACACCUGCACAGACAAAUACACACAGAGGAAUGAUAUGUGGAGUGUUGCUAUGAAGGAGGCAGAUUUACAUGAAGGACAGCGCAGCAGAGACAACUGGAAUGGAGGAGGGGGAGUCACACACAUUGGGACAAGACCAUGACUUGAAGAUGAGUGGUUCUCAGGCUGAGUUAGAGGAGAAGGACUGUCCUCCACCAGAAGAAUUAGAGUGUAAAAUCUGUUACCAACGGUACAAUGCCCACAACCGCAAGCCUAAGAUCUUGGACUGCCUGCACCGGGUCUGUGCCCGCUGCCUCAUUAAGAUCCUGGACAUCGCUGACGGGGCAGGCUUCAUCUCCUGCCCCUUUUGCCGACACCAAACUGAGAUCACAGAGUACGAGGUGUCAGCCCUCCCUGAUGAUGCUAUCAUCAUGUCCCACUUGGCAAUGCGGGACAAAUCCUGGAGCUCAGACCACAACAGGGAGGUGGUUUUGACUCCAACGGGUUUCUGCUCCUCAAGCCCAUCUCACAAUUCCUCCAACUGCCUGGUCAUCACUAUAAUGGAAGUGCAGAGGGACUCACAGCACUCCCCAAGCCGAAACGGCAGCUCUGACAUCUAUGCUGAGCAGAGCCUGGACUCAGUAUCGAUGGACUCCAAUGGACAGGCUGAUCAGGACGCUCUUUCCAAGUUCUGUAAUCACGUCCCACGCAUCCUGGUCUGGCUGCUGGGAUUCUUGUACUUUGGCUCACUGCCUCUAGGAAUCUACUUGUUGGUGAUCCAGAGAGUGACACUGGGUAUUGUAUGUGUUAGCUUGGUGCCAUCAAGCCUGACAGUUUGCCUGGUCUAUGGGUUCUGCCAGUGUCUGUGCCAGGGCAUGUGUGACUGCUACUCCAGGGGCUGAUAGGAUGUUGCGUCAAAACUGGUCGUCCUAGGAUGGGAUAAAGUCAGCGGCAGUAAACAGGUAUUUGAUGUGUUUUGUGAAUAGAUAGGGGGCCAAAAGGUAAAGAUGAUGCCGCCUCCUAAACGGUCUUUAAAAGCCUACCAAUCAAUUAUCUUCAUGCAAUAUAAUAGGCCAGUACGGAGACCUAAGACUGCCUUUAGUAUUUGUCCGUGCUUUUGUUAGGCUGAACGCUGCAACUCAGAACCAGUUUGGCAAACAGGAACAGAGCCCUUGACAAGAUGUGUUUGUUGGAGCAGCGCCUAUACAUUUCUAUAAUGUAUGUAUGUAACCUCUCUUUGUUCUGUGCUGUGUGUGUGACCUAGUCUAACAUAACAUUUGAAAGCAGACCUUUAACGUUUGACUUAAAUAAUGACAGCAGUGAUGUGAGUCCUGGACCCUCAUUUAUCAACACUGUCUACCGACAUUCAAUCUUUUUAAAGUGAAAUGUGGGAUUUACAUUAACAGUAGGAGUACUUACUUUGAUUUUCUUAGGCUUUUCUUAAGUUAGUUAACAAUUACAUAUAAGCAUAACUGAAUGAUUCUGAGUUCCCAGUAACAGAAAGGGAGGAAAAUCAAUGUUGUAAGCGAUUUUGGUCACCUCUUAAUUUAUAAAGAGUUACAAAUACUGUAAAUGUUUAUUUUUUGUUUACUUUUAUUUUAGUGAGUGUUCUUCACAUUUAUAAGCCAGCAUUUAUGGUAGAACUACAUGCUGGCAAACAUUUCCUCCCUCUGUUAAAGCUACAGGUGAAUCAAAAUGUAAUAUAUGUUAAUUGAUCAUUUUUUAUUUUAUUUUUUUAUUAAGUCUUUUGCAAUGCUGAAAUCAGUUGGAAGCCGUUGGAAGCUAGUGGUGGGGACGUUGUCGUGGACCCGUAAUGGAGUUUGCUUUAAAACCUAAUGUUAGCUUUACACUUCUGGAUUGCAUUUACGCCACUAAAAUCAUGAAAGUAGUGUCCAUUUGUGAAGAUUAUCUUGCUGAACAAAACGUGUUAACAUCAUAAACUUUUGUUUGCCAUAGCGCUUAUUUUCUGCAAUAACCCCAAAUCCAGUUAAAAAACCCUUUUGUUUUUUGUUGAGGGAAUCAGGGCGAUGCUAACUUUCGGUUUGGCCUCCAAAAAUACUUAUUUCCUCCAUCCCUCUAUGACUACCAACAAACAAAGAAAACAUACAGGCUACACCCUGAUUAGACAAGUGCUUUCACUUGCUUACUGCUCCUUGAUUUCAAACAGAGCAACAGCUAAUUUGGAAACUUUCUCUUAUAUUAAAAAAAAAAAUUCACCUUAAUGCAAAAAGCAGCCCGAUCAGACUACAAGAUGACAUUAUCUUCUGCCUCCUGCUUAGAAGUGGUGUAUUUACAGCUCACAGCAACUUAAUAUGAUAUAGUCUCUUGCGUUUGAUAUUGAGUGUCUGCAAAAAAUGUUGGUGCACAUUUCUGAUACGUUGUUAGCAUGUAUUAGCUCGGAGGACUAAUUUGGCUUGUUUACUAUAGAACGUGAACGUUUGAGCCCUGAUCGCUUACUGCAUGUGCUGCACUCAGUCACUCUCUCCAUCUCUCUGUCUUUCUCUCUCAAUGCCUCAAAUACAGACACACACCAUACAGAGUUGUGUGAAAUGGAUUUGGUGCAUCGGAGGUAUAAACCAGACUCAUAUCUCAGGUUUUUUGAUACUCUAUUAAUGUUAAGCAACACACUCUCCAUUCAGCUUCUUGUUGAGUUGAACAUAGCAAGGCUGCUCUGUUGUUGUUUUGUGGUACUGGUUGUGAAAAGCUCAAAGAACUCAAAAGCACGAUUUGUGGCUAUGGGAGUCCUCAGUCCGUCUUUCAUUCUGUAAGUCACAUGCACAUUCUGCUAUACUAAGCCAUGCAGAUUUGGCGGUUGUGAGCGUUAUUUAUGUGGCAUUUUGAUUUUCAUUUACAUGUAAGACAAACACUCCCCUACAUGUACCAUCCUGGCAUAUCAACUCUUGAAAGAAAGGUCACAAUGAACUGUGUGUAUUUAUAUGCAUAUGUGUUGUUUUAACAAUUUUAAUUGUUUUUAUGUGACAAAUGCUUUGCUGAGUACAGCACAUGUAUGUAGAGAAAAAAGUUAUUUUUGAUCAAGUCUGCUGAAGAUUUAGGCUUCUUCUAUGGGUUCCAAAAAGUAUGUGACCAAAACACACAUUUAGUGGGUCAAAAGAUUGUCUUUUAAAACAUGUGAACUGCAGUCUUACCCAGCAAUGAGUGACAUUCCCAGCACUACUUAAAGGAAAGCUUUAGACCAUAAAUUGAGGGCUUCAUUACGUAAGUGGAACUUUCUGUUCAUAAACAUGGUGGUUAAGAAUUUUUGUUUUUUUAACAAUUCACAACACUUUUGGGAGAGGUUGAAACUAUUACGUCCAUUUAGCAAGUACCAACUUUCUUUUACUCACAAGCAUUUCAUCAUCUUCUAGAAGUCAAUUUAGAAUCUUUUCUGUACAGUGUUGACAACCAAGAGCCCUGGACUGAUAACUUUUAAAGUAUUUAAUGAUAAACAGGUAAUGAUAUUUCUCAUCAAAAUGGAUACUGUAUGUAGUAUUUUGAAAAGAAUAUUUGAUGCUUAACCCUUCCUCUACAAUGUAAGUCCUGUUCAUUCUCUGAUGUUGGGGUUCUGUAUAUUCUUUUCUUACCUUUCCAUUGUCAGCUUCUUUCUACUGCGGUUUCUGUACCCACACCCUCUGUUUUCUGUGUUUGUAUCUAUGAUUAACUGACUGCAGCUCUCAGUCUAGUGCCACCCACAGAUUACAGAAGCUACUAGACAAUGAAAUAAAUGGAGAAUUAUUUUCUA